CUCUUUACAAAUCUAUGUAACUUGCUAUACAGUAACAAAGGUUGACAUGAGCUCAAACAAGCUUUCUGAUGUGUUAGAGAAGCAGAUUCGCCGCCUUUGUCUGAAUGACUUUCCUUGUGGAAACGGCACCUGGAGAAAGACCAAAGACAGAACAGAGGGAGCAGAGACAGAGGAGACAGACGCCCUCCUGGAUCUGCUGAGCUGCCCUCACUCUCCAUGGCAGCAUGAUAAAUCAUGGAGCACUCAAGCUCCAGCCCUGAGACAGCUGGCUGUGCUCACUCCUGAACGACUGCACACAGACUUCAUUUACAAUUACUUUACUUCACUUCGCAUUGUGGACAAGGGUGUAUUAGUCAUUGAUGACGGUCUGUUAAAGUUCUCAAAGCUCGAGGAACUGGUGUUGAGUGAUAACAAAAUAUCAGAAAUCCCUGCAGAAAACCUUCCCAGCACUUUGAAGAUUUUGGAGCUACGUGCCAACCGGUUGUCUGCUCUAAACAGUCUCACCGACUGCAUGCCUCCCCGCCUACAGUACCUAAGCCUGGGCUCAAACAGUCUGGGUUCACAUGAUGACAUCCGUCAUCUUACUGGAAGACACUGGCCACAGCUGGUGUGUCUGGACCUGAGUGACUGUGAGUUCAAGGACCAGCAGGCCCUAGUGAGUGCCUUGAGCACGCUUACAUGCCUCAGGACGCUGGUGCUGGAGGGAAACCCCUUCACUCUUGCUCCCUCCUACCCGGGCUUCACUGUGGACAGUCUCCCACAGCUCUUUUGCCUGGACACCUCAUGGAUCUCAGCUGAGGAAAGACAUUGUUUUAGGGGCUUGGCCAAGAACAGUGAUCUGAUAGUGGACCGGGCAUCAGCCACAGUGAGUGUGGGCAAGGUGCGGGGAAUCCCAGACCCAUUGUUGAGAGUGGAGGAAAACGCUCCAGACUUCCCUGUUGUCAACUACGGCUAUUUUAUCACAUACGAAUUCCUUAGUCAUCAAACUGUUAACCUGAAUUUAAACAGGGAGUCUAAAUGUGACCCAGCACAUGUAACAGAAGGCUGCUUCAGUGAUGCUGACCUUCAAUCAAACAGAAAUUGUGAAAAAGAAUUGACCAAACCAGACACACAAGACUUAAUGGUGUAUACUGAGGAAACCUGCCAUGAUAUUGCACAUGUGAAAUUGCACAGCACAUCAAAGCUGACCUGGUCAGAGUGCAUGGACUUCAGUCACACACAAACGUACAUUGUUAGUGAUCUGGGAGGCUUAAAAAGAUUCCUCAAUCAAGGACUUUAUCUUACGUUAGAGGAGGAAAAGGUCCUGUCAUGGCCUGCAGCCUCUGAAGACGUCCCGCUGACCAAACCCAGCCGACCUGUUAAAGAGAUGAAAAGCAGUAAAGGGAAAGAAUCUCCAAUAAAAUCUGGAUCCACCAAAGACAAGUCUAAAGACAAAAAGAAGAAAUCUGUACCAGAGCUGGUCCAGGACGCCCCCACCAGAAGAUUAUUAGGCUCUGUCCACAUCCCCCUGCAAAGCCUGGUCAAAGGAGGACAAAAAGUCGAUGUCCUCUGUGACCUUGGGGCUCUGCACACUGAGUCUGAGGUGGAAGCUUCACAAACCCUUGAAAAGGAUCUGGGAAAGAAAAUCAAAGAGGACAAGAAAAAUGACAAGGAAUCCAAGCAGAGAGGAGGCAGUGGUACUAAACGGAAGAACACAGCAGCUUCAAAAGGCAAAGGAAAGGGAAGGCAGGAAUGCGAGAUGGACGUCCAAACAGAAAACUCUGUGUCGGUCCGACUGGAAUCUGUGACUGUGGAGUUGAAUGUGGAGCUGGAGAAAUGGCAGUCUGCAGCUGAAGCUCAUCAACUUCUGCUCCCACACCAAAACUCCUUAAGCAAACAGCGUGUUUUGUCUUAA